CCUUCUCCUUCUCAUAACACAAAACCCUUGUCUUCUAAAUUUUCAAUCUUUUUUCAUCUCUUACAAACACAAAAUUUCUUCUCUUACCAUAAAUAGAAAGUAAUUAAAAAUGGACCCAAAAAUAGUAGGAAUAUCAAAGAAAGUGUGGAAAAUAGUAAGAGUGGCUAUCUUCAUGAUAAAGAAAGGCUUAUGCAAGAGAAAACUACUCAUGGAUCUCAACAUGAUGAUGAAGCGUGGCAAACUCGCCGGAAAAGCCCUAGGAAACAUAAUGUUCCACCUCGACAACCACUUGUUUGCCUCCCAAGGCGGUGGCGGCGUUGGUGGUGGCCAUGAGGAGUACGAGUUUAGUUGCAGCAACACUCCGUCGUACCGCCACUACUUCACCAACAAAAGAAAAAACCACCGUCAACAAAACAAUAUUAAUAAUAAAGAUCAAUGUUUUUACAUGCCCUCCCCUUUACAAGGUGGUGAAAAUAAUGUUAGUCUAGAAGAUGUAAAUAACGUGUUAGAAAUGAUGUUACGUAAUGAAGAAACUAUUGGUGGUGGUUUUUCAGCCGCCGCUUCGCCGGCAUUUCCCGGUCGGAGUCCGGCGGUCCGGCAGCUAAGGAUUACGGAUUCGCCGUUUCCGGUACGGGAUAUGGAUCAAAACAACAACAACAAGCAUGUUGAUCAAGCUGCUGAGGAUUUUAUCAAGAACUUCUAUUCUCAACUUAGGCAACAAAAAUAGGGUUAAACUUGUUUUUUGAACACAUUUGAAAAUUUUUGUUGUUGCUAAUUUGCAAAGCAAAGUAGCAAAAUAUUAUAUAGGUUUUUCUUUUUUAGAACUUUGUAUUGUAUGGAAUUAUGACAUUAAUUAAAAAAGAAAUUGUAGUAUUUUAUUUUCAUGCGCAA